AUGUGGGAGUACUCAGGUGGAGACCCCACCUGGUAGGGGAGGCAUGCAGCCGUAAAGAUCGGCCACUAAGAUUGCUUAUGACCCAUCCUUCAUAGAAAACUUUGUGAUCCUGCCCAGGCAGAAUCGUGCCACUGCCCACCUGACAACACGUGGCACCAAAGGACAGUUUUACUGCAGUGAGCACAGUCUGGUUUUUUACACUUGGUUCUCCCCGCUCUAGGUUGGAAUCUCCCAGUACCCCUAGCCUGGGCUGGAUUCACUCCCUAAUAACCUCGCCCUUCUCUCUUUAAAUUCGGGCCCCUCAUCAGGACUCCCCAGUUUGGGUGUGUCCGCAGCGACAGCCCUAGGGGCCCAAGCGAGCACCAGCUGCGCCCCCAGGCUGGCAGCCCUGGAGACGGGGGCGUGGCCUGGGCCCUGGCACCUACGUCCCCGCCGCGCCCAGCUCAAGGGCCACACCUGCCGGGACCCGAUUCACCGCUCUAGCGCGCUGGCGCGCUGAGUGGAGGAGCGGAAGGAUACCGGGCAGGUGGGGAUGGAGAGGGGGAAAAUGAAAAAAGAGAAGGCAAAGGAAGCAGAGAUUAGGGGAAGAGGAAGAGAAGACAAAAAGAAGGAGGUCGAGAAAUUCAGGGACAGAGAAAAGAAGGGGAAAGAGAAAAGCAGGGAGGUGAUAAUGAUUAAGAGGAAAGACGAGAGGAAGAAAGAGCCAGUGAAGACUAUGGAGAAAGAGAAGGAACAAUUCAAAGAGAAACCCGAGAAGGAGAACAACGACGGGGACACCCUGAUAAAUACUUUGCCCCCGCCGCAGGUUGGAGAGGAGAAAAAUAAGAUCCUAGUACUUGGCCUGGAUGGAGCAGGAAAAACCAGCCUCCUCCACUCUCUAGCUUCCCACAAAGUCCAGGACAGUGUGGCGCCCACCCAGGGUGUCAAUGAAGUUUGCAUUGACAUUGACAACAACCAAAUGAAGUUCCUGGAAAUUGGUGGCAGUGAACCUUACCGUUCCCAGUGGGAAACGCACCUGUCCAAGGGCUUGCUGCUCAUCUUUGUGGUCGAUUCGGCGGAUCACAACCGAUUAUGUGAAGCUAAGAAAUACCUUCAUCAGCUAGUCGAAGCAAACCCAGUCCUGCCUCUGGUUGUGUUUGCACACAAGCAGGACCUGGAAGCAGCUUAUCACAUCACAGAUAUCCAUGAUGCUUUGGAAUUAUCUCAGGUAGGAAAUAACAGGAAACUGUUCUUGCUUGGAACUCAAGUAACUGAGACUGGCUCAGACAUACCAUCCACUUUGCAAGAUGCGAAAGACCUGAUUGCACAUCUGGCUGCAAAUUGUCAGUGACCAGGACCAGGGCCACUGUGCAGCUCACCAUCCAGCUCAUCGUCACAGAAUGGGGGAUGGUAGAUACCAAAGGUUUCCACUUUCGAAUAAAAAAUAAGCCAUUUCCUAUUUUCUCGAUGAAUGAUGUAUGUAUAAAGAUAAUGCUAAUUCACUAAAAGCAUUUCUUAGAUUUUGAACUUUAAAAAUAUUUGUACAACAGUGUAUUUGUGGGAGAAGAAUUGGGAUUUAUUUUUGG